UAUGAAGUAGACAAAUGUAGCACGGAAUUAGCUCAUUGAGCCGAGCAUAGCAUGAAGAUGAAAGAACUAGGAGGACAAGAUCUCCAAAUAAACUAUUGUGAAAGGUGCUCUCUCUGUCAGCAAAUUUUUCAAGAGAAGCUACGCUUGGUGCUAGCUAUUCUUUGUGAAACCAGAAAGUAAUGAUUUCUCUGAAGUGAGGUAAGAGCUGAAACCUUUCUGUGGGUCAUUAAUGAAUGAUAAAUUGGAAGUUGUGUCAUACACGGUGAAUUCUAAAAAGAAAGCUAAAACUGAUUCAUGAAUAAGUUGACAUUGACAUAUAUUACGUAUAUCGAUGAUUAGAGCAUAAAUUGAAUACAUGCUAUGGAAAGAAUGAUUUUGUCUAAAUGUUUGCAUUGGAGAAUAUAUGGGAAUAGAAUGGGUUUAUUGCCCAUAAUAACGAUAUUGUAAGUACUAUUAUCAGUACUACACGAACCACUUAGGCUGCUCUGAAACAUCAAAGUUUCAAGAAUGAGAGCAGCAAACCGAACUAGAUCCAUGCCAAAUAGAAUGGUACCCUUUGUGGUAACCAUAAGAUUGCCACCCAAUCCUCUAAGAAUGACGCUAUGUUUCUUAGUUAUUUGUGAGAAACUAGGUCAUAAGACACGAAAGUGUAAGAACAAGUUUAUGUGAUUAUCCAUGGUAUGUUUUAGCAAAUUGGUGCUAUUUUAGGGCUCGCUAACCUGAGAAUGGUUGAAAAACCAUUACUGCCUAGUGCCAUGAGUUUGAUAUGUGACAGGUGGAGAAAGCACGAAAAAGGAGCGAGUGCAUAAGCAAUAAAUCGGGCUCGAACUACUGGUGGACUAAUCACUUGGGCUAGGAGGAUUAUUUUUGGGCCGGGCCUAUUAUUGAAGGAGCUUGCGGCAAAAAUUAAUGGAAGGAACUAAAAGGCCGGCUCUUUUGUCUAAUUGCUGGGGACGGAAUCAAUUACUAAAAAGAAGAUUGGGCCAAUUUCUAGGGAUUAAAAUGGAGUUGGACACGCAAGAAAGGGGAUAGGCAAUUAAUUGGUGGCUUUUGUUGUUUGGAACGGAUUUUUCUUUGGAGAGAGAACCGAGGGGAAUUAUUAUAAGUGAAGGAAAGGCUUGGAACGGAUUCUCGGGGAGAAAAAGAAGAAAAGCAGCGGCGCAGCGCAAGCCAGGGAUCGCGGAGAAGCAGCUGGCGCGGGUGAUCGAGUGCAGGGCAGGGAAGAAAAUUUCAGUAUUUGUUUUUCCUUUGCUUUGAUUCGUGACAUGAUAAUUAAGAACAUGUUUUAUCUCAAUUUCGUCAUGAACUAAACCCCAAUUUCUGGGGGAAACACCAUAGGAUGUAGCUAUUUCUAUAUUUGAUGGAUUGAUUCAUAUUUCUUUUCUUCCAAUCUCUAUUGCAUGAAAUUGCUUAAUGCUUUGUGUUGACUGGCCACCAAUACAAUGAUUUGUAGUUAAUUAGGUUAUUAGCGACAGUGAAACCCUAAUAACUGAACAUAUUUCAUGUGACAUAGUAACUUAUCGAAGCGACAGUGGAUUAAAUAAGGUACUAUGCGGUCUUAAAUAGGAUAUUGGUCUUCAGACUAAAUAAUUAGGUCAUUGAGCUACGACAGUAGGAUUUGAUUUAAUUGUUUAGUACGUAGUAAUUCCCGACAGGGAUACUAGCACAUUCGUGAUAUCCUGCUUGUAGAGGUAUGGAUUAAAUUGAUUGGAAUAUGUGAAUUAAUCUGGAUAGGAUAGGUAGUGAAUCCCGGUGUUUCUCCCAGAGCUUUCUCACACUGAAUUUUCUCCCAACAACUUUAAUUUGCUUAUUUUGUUUAAUUAUUAGCUAGUAGUUUCAUCACUCAAACCAUUUUCACCUAUAGUUUGCUCUAUUAAAUCGGUAAAUCUUAAGGUUGUACCAGUCCCUGAGAGACGAUACCCGGACUUUCCGGAUUACUACGAGAUAGGAUUAAGGCAUAUACGCUUUUGCCCUCUCAAGUUUUUGGCGCCGUUGCCGAGGACUGCCAUACCUUAUUUUUGUUGAUUUUUGUGAGUAAACUAUUUUGAUCUGGGUGUUAGUGUGCAGAUGAAUUUUUCAUGUUUAUCCUCCUCGUGCAUGCCAAGGAGGACGACUGGCAAUUUACUGCCACUAGAUCCCGAGAUCGAGAGGACCUGCCGACAGAACAGGAAGCAGGUCAAGUUAGGGAAGCAGCCUACCACAUCAACAACUCCUAGGCCUUCCCUAACUCAGAAUCGUCAACAGGAGGAACCACUACCUGCUUCAGCACUUCCAGCUGACGAUGCAGAAGUGCGGGUGGAGAAGGAAGCCCCUGCUCCCAAGCCACAACCAGUGGUUAAGGAGCAUGUACCCCAGCUUCCCUUCCCCACUCGACUACACAAAGACAAGUUGGAGACUGAGUUUGCCAAUUUUAUGGCAAUGUUGAAGCAGCUCAACAUCAGCAUACCGUUUGUGGAGGCACUGUCGAAGAUGCCCAAGUACGCGAAGUUCAUGAAAGAUCUCCUCACCAACAAGAAGAAACUUGGGGAUCUUUCGACAGUGAUGUUCAGUGAGGAGUGUUCUGCUAUCCUGCAGAACAAGCUGCCCGAAAAGCGCAAGGAUCCAGGGAGUUUUACUAUCCCUCUUACUAUUGGCAGCAUGCAUGUAGGCAAGUCCUUGGCGGACCUAGGCGCUAGCAUAAAUGUCAUGCCAUAUAAGUUGUAUAAAAAGCUAGACCUAGGUGAACUUAGCCCUACUAGGAUGAGCAUUCAGCUAGCUGAUCGUUCCAUUGUGCAUCCUAGGGGAAUCAUAUAGGAUCUGCUUGUUAAAGUAGGUGCAUUCACAUAUCCUGUUGAUUUUGUUAUUC